GAUCCACCUACUUGUAUGCCAGCUUCGAAGCGUUAUCGUACUCACGACGGUACCUGUAACAAUAAGCGGAGGCCUCGAUGGGGUGCCUCACAAAUGCCAUUUAAUCGUUUUCUUCCUCCGGAAUAUGGUGAUGGUGUGGAUAGCGUGCGCAGUUCUUCGGAUGGUAGUACAUUGUCCUCAGCACGAUUCGUCAGCUUGCUAGUGCAUGGUGCACGUGAUGGUGAGGCACCACUUACAAUGAUGAUAGCGCAAUGGGGUCAACUACUAGAUCAUGAUAUGACUUCAACAGCCCAGCCACGCUCGAUUAAUGGUUCGGUACCCAGCUGUUGUGGUGGGCAAGACUUUCAUCCAUCAUGCUUUCCUAUUAAGGUGCCGUUGGAUGAUCCCUGGUUAUCACCCUUAAAGGUGCGUUGCCUAGAGUUUUUACGAUCGGCACCCGCGCAACGUCGUGACUGCGUACUUUCCUGGCGGGAACAAACUAACCAGGCUACAUCAUUUAUUGAUGCCUCACCUAUUUAUUCAAACAAUGCCAGGUCCUCUGACAGUGCGCGUAUUUUUCGUAAUGGGCUACUUGUAUAUGGACGCGGAAAUCUGGCUGACGAUGUGUGCCAUCGCGGGGCUAUUGCGGCACACUGCAUUAGAUCAGGCGAUGGACGUAGCGGCGAACAGCCAGGUCUCCUAGCGAUGCAUCUUGUUUGGGUGGGCGAGCAUAAUCGUAUUUCUUUAAAUCUAAGUGAUCUAAAUCCCCAUUGGAGCGAUGAGAAGCUAUAUCAAGAAACGCGUCGCAUUAUAGGUGCAAUGUUUCAACACAUUACAUAUCGUGAGUUUCUACCAAUUAUACUAGGUAGAGAGGUGUGCAAGUUGUUUGAUUUGGAACUUCUCGAUUCUGGCUACUAUAAUGGCUAUGAUGCUAAAGUCAAUCCAACAAUAGCCAAUGCAUUUUCUUCGGCUGCUUUUCGUUUUGGUCAUUCUUUAGUACAGAGCUCCUAUACAAGAUGUGAUCGUCAUCACAACAUUAUCCGAAAUAAUAUUAGCUUGCAUGAGGAAUUCCAAAAGGGAGACAUUGGUUCUGCAGGCUCUCUGCAUCGCCUCCUACGUGGUUUGGCCUCACAACGCGCACUAAAACGUGAUGAGUUCAUUACACCUGAGCUUACCAACCAUCUAUUUCAAACACCUAGCUUUCCUUUUGGUCUGGACUUAGCUGCUAUAAACAUACAACGUGGGCGGGAUCACGGCCUAGCUCCUUAUACUUCAUGGCGUGUUCCCUGCGGUCUAACGCCAAUUCUCAGCUGGAAUGACUUUGCCAAUGCAGUAGGCCCGGAGUCAGCUAGGCGCAUCGGCCACGCUUAUCGGAGUGUGCAUGAUAUUGAUCUUUUCGUUGGCGGUAUAGCGGAGCGGCCAGUUAUUGGUGGGUUGGUGGGACCCACUUUUGCCUGUAUUAUUGCCCAGCAGUUUAGCAACACACGCCGCGGCGAUCGGUUCUGGUAUGAGAAUGGCGGAUUUGAGAGCUCCUUUACACCUGCACAGUUGCAUUCACUACGAAGUGUUUCGUUGGCUCAAGUCUUAUGUAGAUCAGUUGGAGGGGGAACACUUCAGCCGCAUAUAUUUGUACCUCACGAGUUUAUGGAUAACGAACGUCAAAGCUGUGGCUCUGGAGUGCUUGGUGAUAUUGACUUGAGUCCAUGGCUAGAGCAGGAUCUCCUCUCCGAACAAGAUUUUAAAAUGGUCAGUUCAGGGAUUGAUUCAUUCGAUAAAGAGGAUAAGGUAUCAUUUUCUAAUUUCGUAAGGCCUAUCCAAACAUUAACGGAUCUUUUUUCAAGCCCAAUCCGAACUAUUAAUCGGAAUAUAAGUCUAGUUAAUGAUAAACUUGACUUGAAGCAAAGGACUGAAUCUAAUAUCAAGUCAGACAGCAAUCUUAAUAAAGGAUCCAACGAUACUGGCAUAAACGGAAUUAAUAACAAGCUUGAAAAAUCAUCUAAGAUUGCAAUAAAUAAUCAAAUGAGAUCUAGAAAUCACGCUAAGGCCUCAAAGAUAAAAGUUAAUAUUAAAAAGGUUCCUUUUGAUAUGCAUGUCCAAUUAAAGAAAUUGCAAACACAAGCUUCUUCCUCAGUUAUUCAAGCUGAAUCUGAUACGAAACGAAAACGAAAGAUUCGCAACAUCCAAGAACUGCCAAGCCUUUUGAACGGACCUCACAUAAAUGAUCAAUAUGAAAUUGAAAUAAACAUACGACAAACAAACAGAAGACCAAUAAUUCCACCGUUUAAUACUGAUUAUUCAGAAUUAAUAACAAGUAACGACAAAGAGCACAGCAGCUAUACUCCCCUCACUGCGUAUGUAAGCAGCACAACGCGGCCCUUUACCUACGAAAUGAAAACUAAGCCACCGACUAUUAUAUACUUGAACGACAACGAUAACAAACGGACCACCAUACGCCCAAGCAACUUUCUCCAAAAUUUGUUUACCAUUGCGAGUAACAGUUUCAAUCAUAACCGGCAACCCACGUUAACAACAACUUUCGGACCACUUAUAUCAUCGCACAAUGAGCGUCCUUAUCAAGAUACAUAUGCUGAAAAUAUACGUUUAAGUAGCUUUAGCUCAUCUUAUACUACACAAUUACCUUCAACUCAAUCAUAUACCAUGACUGGCAAUUCUCAUCUAGGCGUUAAUCCUUCAUCAAAUGUUUUGCAGUCAUCAACCAGUGCCCUCAGUUCUGGCCAAUUUGGAAGUAUUUCUGCAGUAGCUGGCGCUCAUGGUGCGGAUAGUACAUUCAGCUUUAACAUUCAUCCAGAGUACUUUAAUUUAAAUUCACGUCGUCAAGAUUUUGGGGAAAGCUUUGACAUGGCCUCCCAUUCAUUUUAUAGACCAGAUUACCCACAUAACAAUGAAGAGUCUUACCAUGAUCGUGUAUUAAGUGAAGUCGGAAAUGCCACUCCUUUCUCCAACAGCUAUAUGAGACACAAAUUACAAACCACAAAUUCACAAACAUAUCACGCUCGAACAAAAGAAGCACAGAUCAGAUCUGAAGAACAUAACAAAUUUUUUGAUUUUUUGAGAUUGGGUAUUGCAAAUUUAACUAAAAUCAAGAAAGAUGAUUACAUAGGGAAUAAGCAGUCGGAUCCGCUAAAAGACAUACAAGAACCAAGCAUCAAAAAGUCGACCAUAAUGAACACAACUGCACUAUACUUCGAUGAAAAUGACGGGCGCAGGACCCUCCUCCAGAAGGUGCUCUGGAGUUUCGUCAUGGUCUAG